UAAAUGGUAUUUCAGAACGUUCCUCUGCCCGAUUUAUUUUUGUUUGUAUCUGCAAAAAUAUUCAGUAAAUCUAUUUAUAAUUCAGGAUUAAUACGUAAAAUCUGAAUCCUAGAUAACAAAAUCGGCUUAAAAGCGAUCUCGCCCAAUUUUUCAGUUAAUAUUUCGCUGUGUUUUUAUGCCAUGAUGCGGUGUAUUUACUUUUUUAGUUUAUUCAGUGUAGUUUUAGCUUUUGAAAAGGAUAUGACAUUCACGAUUCAGGCUGGAAAGCAGGACUGUUUUUACCAGCAAGUGCUCCCGGACCAAGUGAUUGAUAUUGAGUACCAGGUGAUAGACUCAUCGCACGGCGAACUGGACAUCUCCUUCCAACUGGCGGACCCGGUCGGGCGAGUCAUCGUGGCCGACUACAAGAAGGCGGAGAACACGCACAGACACACAUCCGCACUGAACGGAGACUUCAGAUUUUGUUUCGAUAACACAUUCAGUACUUUUAGUACUAAAACUGUAUUCUUUGAUCUGAUGAUAGACACGGAAGAUAACUCAAACAAAGACUAUGAGGAUGAUGAGAAAGAAAUGGAAUUAGGCAACGCAGCCGAGAGCUACAUGAUGAGUGUGCGCGACAUCUCCACCUCGGUGUCCCGGGUUCGAGACGCGGUCGGCGCGGCGCGGCGGCUGCAGGAGGCUCUGUCGGCCCAUGAGGCGCGCGACCGCAACCUCGCCGAGGACAUGUGCGCCAGGGUGCUGCGGUGGUCGAUAAUUCAAGUCGGUGUCAUGUUAGUCAUAGGCAUUACUCAGGUCAUCUUCGUAAGAAGUCUGUUUGAAGACAAAGGCAGUGGCUAUAAGAAGUUUAUGCCUAAAUUCGUUUCGCAGUAGUAAAGUUUAAGGGUCACUUUUAACAAAUGCUAAACGUAUUUAAAAUAGUAUUUAAAUAUUUUAAACACGUUUUGUACUAACUGACAGACGUUUGACAGGCCACUAAAUAUGUUUAGCGUUUGGUGAAA